AUGGAGGGACAUAACCAUAUGGAUCAUGGACAUCAUCACAUGGAGCCGGUUCAUAAUAUGGAUAAUAUGAUGCAAGCUGAUCAUAUAGGCAUGAACAGUUCACAUAUAUAUGAAGAUGUUGGUGGAAUGUUUAACUCAAGUGAAGAUCUCAACAGUAUUAAUUUUGGCACACCGAGUGCACCGAGAAGUGGUCAUCACCAUACUAUGCACAGCAUGAUGUCUAUGACUUUUCAUGGAGGAUAUAAGGAGACAAUACUUUUCUCAUGGUGGAAUGUUACAGAGAUAGGCGAAUUUAUUGGUUCCUUUCUAGCUAUUUUUAUUCUGGCACUUCUGUAUGAGGGAUUGAAAUACUACAGAAAACAUUUAUUAUGGAAAACAUAUACGGGUCUUCAGUAUUGCGCUGUAUCGCCACCUGAUAAAGGUGUGGCUAAUAUAUGUGCUGAUGAACCCCAAGUUAUACAUCCUACAAUGUUAAGUGCAGCGCAUGGAUGGCAGACGGUGCUUCAUGGUUUCCAAGUCCUAGUAAGCUACAUGUUAAUGUUGGUGUUUAUGACAUAUAAUACUUGGUUGUGUGCUGCCGUCGUUCUUGGAUCUGCAUGUGGUUACUUCCUCUUUGGCUGGCGUGAAUCAGUAGUUGUCGACUUUACUGAACACUGUCACUGA